AGAAUGCAGUUGUGCGCUCCGAUACCAGGUUUCUGCAGCGACGCAUCCGCGAUUUUGUCGUCGGCAAUGGCGUGUGUCCUUGAUGGGCGCAAUCCAAGCGCAAAGGAGGCGAUCUUGAGAGGAAUCGUACCUACCAGAGCACUUGCGAUGGAAUUUGAUAGAAAGGAUUGCACGAACCUUCGAAACCUCGCAGUUGAAGAGAUUCCGUGAAUUGCGCACACCCCACGCAUGAGUGCGUCGUUCUUGAUUCACAGAUAUGAAGACACGGAAGAACUCAAUCCGUUCCUGACGGUCGCGGUAUGCGAAGAAGACAAGCUGCCGCCCGUGAAAGGAAAGAGCCCCGUCGUGAUCAAACUGCGCCUUCUUCGGAUCGACUGGCAGCAUGGAAAGCAGUUGCUCGUGAAUGCUCUCCUUGUCAUUUGUCUCGUGUGUAUUGGCAUUAUUCCUCUCGUGUCGUGGCCGCAACAACACGAUGCGCUCCAGAUUGCGAGGAACGACGAAGAGAUCUCAAUCGCUAACGCAGCCCACCAGGACCUGUCUGCAUUUCGACAGUUUCAAGCAAACGAUGACGAAAGGCGGCAUCGCGGCCAUGUCACGUCGAGAAGUGGUCUGCAUCCCAUCCAUGCUGCGGACAAGAUCAAAGGCCCACGCGCUUGGUCAUCCGUGGAAAAGGCCCGUGCGUCGGAGAUCGUGCAAAGUGAAAAAAGUGAUGCAGCAAAAAGUCACCCGAAUGACAACGACGACGAUUCCACCUCGAACAAGUUCCGUGACGAACCGCCUGCACAACACAAUGGGAACAGCGCUGCCAGCGACCCACAUCAAGAAUCAUCUGCAAGGCAAAGUGCGAGAAAUCCAUGAGUAGCAUUCGAAUGACCUAAGAACCUAUUUACGUCAUCGUCCGAUCC